AAUAGGUUACUGCUGAAGGACACUGGGUGGUAAGCAAACAACCCCAUAAUCUUUUCCCAUUCUCAGUGUUGACAGAUGACGUCACUUCGUGUUUUUUUGUAAGCGCGUGAAUGUGCAUGACUGUGAGCCUUGCGGUGGUUGAACAAGCGCUGAAAGUGCUACCUACCUACAACUCUUUUACUCAAUCAAGCGCAACCAGUUCAACGUCAAUUGCUUGUGCAUGCACUCAGAUUCACAAGGACUGUAAUUGGAUAGACACAUUUUAAACAGAAGAAAACGGAGUGAUUUACCUUGGGGAUAGAGAAGUCCGGUUGUUUUUAUUGGAGAGGAUGAAACAAUCUAAAAGUGCAUCCGAAUUCAUUGACUUGAGCUUUCUGUCUGCCGAGGAAGAGGCAGCCAUCCGUCAAGUGCUUCUGAGAGAUGAGGAUUUAAAACGACUCGAGAAUGGACGGGUCAGGAAACUGAGGCAGUCAGUCUCUGACAAUAAGCAGCUAAAGACUUUUACAGGCGAGUGGUUUGAAGAGCUCAGGGUCAAGCGAUAUGGGAAGGAGACGGAUGUCACAGCAGUGGUGAGAUCCUCCAUGAGAUGGAAGAAAUCAGCAGCCCAUAAACCCAACCCUUUCCUGAAAGAUAUUCUAGAGGAGAACAAAGAACGUGAAAAGGAGAAACGCAACACACCUGCAAAUCCCUCAGCUGACCCUAGAUUAAUUCACCCAGCCCUUGAGAAAGAGACUUAUCAUCAAUAUACUGAUGAGGACUUUACAAAUGAUGAGAAAUUAUCUGCUCCAAGUGUGGCUGGUAAAGGCUCCUCAGAAAAACAAAGAUCAGCAAAUUAUGGCAAGCCUUCCCUCAAUGGCACUGACACUAGAAACAGUUCCAAAGAGUUAUCUGGUGACAAAACAACAUUUGUUUCUCCAAGUACAGAUCAAGUGCAACUUGAGACUAAAAUUGAAAGAGGUGCCACAAAACAAGCAACAAAUUCAGAGCGAAGGAGAAAGGUUUCACUCCCUCCUGCAUUGCGAAAAGACCAGUCAUUUGAAGAGAACUGGGUGAAGAUCUCCCUAGAACCUAACACAAUAAAACCGGCACAGACUGAAAGCAGUAGUGUUGGACCAAAUCUGAGUGAGGUAAAUGCACAUGUUGAGAUCACAGAGACUUUGGAGAAGCAGGACUUAUCAGGUCAUUUUGAGAUAAAAAAGGAGUCUCCAUCUUUAAAGGUAAUGGAUCAAACAGAAUAUCAAAUUGUAUCUAAGAAAAGUCCUCUAGCUGAGCCUGCACACUUGAACCAAGAUGGUUCCUUAGAAAUGUCAUCAACUGAGUUGCAGAAUCUAUCACAGGCUUCCUUAGUUGAGUUCAAUGAUGGAGCAGAACUUUCUAAAGACUCAGAUUAUGAAGGUGUAGAAGAAGUUAGCAAGUCAGCCAAUGAUUUCCAAGACUGUACAGCCAAAAAUCGGCAAAGUUCAAUUAAUGUUAUGUUUAGAGAGCUUGAAACUAUAAAACUGAGUCCCUCAAACUCUACUAGUGACCACGAUAAGGGAAGUGUGGUCUUCAGAGGUUUUCUAAAUGACGAGACAAGUUUAGACAUGAAGGGAUGCAAUGAAAAAAAUGUAAGCAAUGCCAUACUUGCAGAGACUGAUACAAGUCAAGUUAAGCUCAAAGCUGGUGAGGAGCAAUUCAAUAAGCAAAUGGGGUCAUUAACAUGGGAGAAUGACAUUGAAUCUCACACAUUUCCCUUUGACACUCUGCAGGGAAAAGAUAAUUCAAAUGAUUUCAAAGAUGACCAAUCAUUUGAGAUUGGAAAGAAGAAAUCAUCCAAAACCCAAGAUGAUCUUUUGUUACAGAAUAAAAGAAAAGCUGAUGCAAGUAGGGUUAAAGAUUUCAUAAUGACAUCACCACACAGGAUGCCAGAAACAUGUGUCAGUGGUAAAACUGUGCAAAGGGAUCUUGAUGCCCAUGAUGAUAAAGAAAAAAUUUACAUCAAGCCAUCAAAUGAUCUGAACUCACCAAAAGACACUCACACUAAAAGCCAAGUUUUAGCAGAACUAAGCAAAGACCAUCCUUCUAUCACAAAAGAGGGGAAUAUAUUGCACAGUGGCGAUGUUGUAUUGCAUGUUGACUCUAAACAUCAUGAUAAAGCAGAUGUUGAACAAAUUCAGCCAGCUACAGGGUUAAGUUAUCAACCAACAAGUGAUGUUGAAGAUGAGGUUGCUGGCCUGGUCACUAUACUAGAACUGGGGCAAGGUUCUUUAGAAAUUAAAGAUGAGGAGGAAAAUGCUGAAACAGACCAGAGGAACGAGUCAGAUAUUCUACUAAGUGUUCUUGCAAGAGCUCAAAAGUCAAGGCCACCUGUCUUAAAGAGGAUCACAACACUGGAUCCAAAGCCAGCGGCUGGAGAUGAUAUGGUUCCAACAAUAGUCAUUAUGCCAUCUGAAUCUCCAAACUCAAAAGAAAUGAAAGGAAAUCAACAUACAACGUCUGUUGUGGAUUCUUCAGUUGAGGGUUCCAUAACUCCCUCCUACACUGCAGAUGCUUGGGAGGAUGAAGGCGUUGAUUCCGAUGAUGAUACUUCACUGUCCAGCUAUGGGUCAGAUCUCUCCAACAGAAAAGGCUAUUCUGCUAGUGCAUUGUCACUUACUGAUCGCACCGGCAGUUUGCUGAGUGUGUACAGUGAUGCAGGAGACUUUGGAGAUGUUGAGGUGCAGGGUUCUGUGGAAUUUGCAAUGAUGUACAGCCCUGUUGGGGAGCUCAUCAUAAUGAUUGAACAGUGUCAAGAUCUGGCUAUUGCCAAUACCCGUAAACAACGCACUGAUCCUUAUGUGAAGACUUACCUCUAUCCAGACAAGUCUCGCCACAGCAAAAAGAAAACGUCCAUCAAGAAACGCACUGUGAACCCAGUUUAUGUUGAAUCUUUGAGAUACAAAGUGAAGCGUGAAGAUCUGCCGGAAAAGACUCUGAAUCUGUCUGUGUGGCACAAUGACUCCAGAGGCAGAAAUGUCUUCCUGGGACAGUUGGAAAUCAGUCUUAAGUCCUGGGACUGGGGGCAUGAGGCCCUUUCCUGGUACAGCCUACAGCCCAAGACUGCAGAAAAUCAAGAAUUGCAAGAGACUCAUGGAUCAUUUUCAAUUUCGCUGAAAUAUGUCCCUCCAGAGUCCACCGGUGGGUCGAAGAACAGUACUGGGGAGAUUCAUGUCUGGCUGCGGGAGGCAAAAGAAUUACGUCGCCUGAAGCCUCAGGGAGUUGAUUCUUUUGUUAAGUGCUACAUACUACCAGAUACCAGGAAGAAAAGCCGCCAGAAGACUCGUGUGAUAAAGAAGACCCAGGACCCAGUAUAUAACCAUGCCAUGGUUUAUGAUGGAUUCAAAGCAGGCGAAGUCAGUGAGGCCUGUUGCGAACUAACCGUGUGGGAUCAUAAUACUCUCUCCAAUCAGUUUCUUGGAGGUCUGCGCCUCAGCCUUGGAACAGGGCAGAGCUAUGGCAAGAAAGUUGAUUGGAUGGAUUCGCUAAAUGAGGAAGUUGAAAUUUGGAAAAGAAUGUUGUCCAAUCCAAACAGCUGGGUUGAGGCAGAGCUUCCUCUGAGGGCCUCCAUGACAUCGAGGAAAUAAGCCUCCUGAAGUUCGUUUGUGCUCUUAAAUGUUUGGUGUUUGAAGAGAAAAACAGUUGUUGGUUGCCUAAACAAAACCAAGCCUUAACGAUUGCGAAAUCAAUUUCUUCAUUUUAGUCUUUCUCUAACAAAAAAAAGAAUGUUGGCUGCUACAUAUAAACAUAAUUACAGUAAAUAAAUAAUAUAUGUUGGGAAUUUUGGCUGGGCAUAUAUGAUAAUGCUUUAUACAGAGUGUUUUAGAAUGAAGUUGUCAAUCAAUGUCUGAAUGCUUAAUUAUGUUUUGGUCUUGAUAUACUAAUAUGUAAGUACAGAUGUAAUUGAUUCCUUACCAGAUUCAAAAAUGUAAAAGAAAAAUAAAUUUUGAAAAUGUAUCUUCUUUCAUGAUUGAUUGAAUUGUUUAAAAAUAGACGGGAUGCACAGAAAAGUUA